AUGGCCAUACUCUUUCUGUUUAGGGCAGCCGUCAAUAGCCUGCUCACCAUGUCUGAUGUCGUACCAGGCAUGGAGUACGACGCCUCCAGGGCCGACGAGUCCAACCUGCCUCGCAUACUGGGCAUCAUCACCGCCUUCCACGUCCUCGCCCUGACCACGGUCAUGUUGCGAGUCUACGUCCGCAUCAAGCUGAUACGGAGCCUGGGGCGGGAUGACUGGACUAUGGCUGCAAGCGCGUUCUGCGCAUUCGGCGGAUGGAUCAUCUUCGUCUACCAGGCCACACAGGGUCUGGGGCGCCACUCGUGGGCCCUCAGCCAGAGGCAGAGCUCCAACAUUGACGCCGGCACCUUCUGGAUGUCCAUCAUCUCGUCGUCUGCCGGCAUCUGUCUGCUCAAAGUGUCGAUCGCUCUCAACCUCAUGAGGAUGAGCCCCAACAAGUGGUACUCGUGGACACUGUGGGCAAGUAUCGCCUUUGUCUCGGCCUACAGCAUCAUGGGAGUCUUCACCUUUCUCCUGCAUUGCCACCCCAUGAGGGCUCACUGGGACACGUCAGUACAGGGGAAAUGCUACCCGCCUAGCCUGUUCAUCUUCUUUGCCGUCCUCAACUCUUCAUUCAACAUCUUCACCGACGUCCUCUUCGCGACAUAUCCCAUCCCCAUCAUCUGGACGCUGCAGAUGAAGCGCAAGACUCGUCUCUAUCUUAUCGGAGUGUUGAGUCUGGGCUACUGCGACUCGUGGAUCACCUUCUGGGCUGGCCUCCAGAUCAACAUUGGCAUCACGACGGCCUGCACCCCUUCCCUGAAGCCCCUGGUGUCCAACGUCCUCAAGCUCAGUUCGUACCAGCGAUCGACCGACGCGUACGGAUCGAGAAGUCGCGGGGCGACCAACAACGGCACCGGCCAGAGUCGCAGCCGUUCCGUGUAUCGCGACCAGUACACCCUGGAGGAGAUUGACAGCAAGGACUCGGACGAGAUCCAUCUGGGGAGAAGCACGCCCCACCACACGGCCAUGGUCAUGGGACCCUCAUCAAUAGAUGACAGCAACAGUGACGACAGGGCAUUGAGCGACGGGUCUGCCUCCCGGCACCCUCCCAGCAAGGGAAUCGUCCGGACGACUGAGGUGAUUGUGAGCUGA